AUUGCUUAUCGAGCCGACACUAGAACGUAUCGCUAUAGAGAAAGAGGAUUAGAUCGGCUUCUUCUAAGGAGGAGGGUAUCUCGUACGAGCUCUAGUAGUUUUCCGCCCAGACGGACUAAUAGAGAGCUUCGAUAGUACGAAGUCGGUUACCCUUAAUCUAAUAUCGCUUACUCUAGUACGUACCGAUCUAGCCCGGCCGUACGCUAAAGCGAUAUACGCUAUAAAGGAAGCAGUCCCACUCCUACCUAUACUCGACUCCGUACGAGGUAAGAGAUAUCGAUCGAUAUCGAGAGUGCGCGUAUACGCGCGCGCGCUAGGGACCUAAAGUCGAGAAGAAUCCUCGUACGAGAAGUGGCUGCUUUAUGUGUAUAUAUAUAUAUAUAUAUAUAUAUAUAUAUUUAUAUGUUUUUUUCUUUUUGCUUUCUUAUAACAAGUCG